CCGCUACAAGACCGCGUUUAAGACGCGAUAUGGGCAUUUCAAAUGGUUGGUUAUGCCAUUUGACCUUACGAAUGCCCCAGCCACUUUCCAAGCGGCUAUGACAACGGAGUUCCAACACAUGCUGGAUCGAUUCGUACUUAUCUACCUCGACGACAUCCUGGUGUACAACCGGAGUUUGGACGAGCAUGUGGAACACCUGCGCACCAUUUUGGAGCGGCUACGACAAGCCAAGUACAAAGCCAACCGCAACAAAUGCGAAUUCACGCGGCAGGAGCUGGAGUACUUGGGAUAUUAUGUGACGCCGCAAGGCAUCCGUCCGCUUGCGGACAAGAUCAAGGCCCUCCGCGUAUGGUCCGAGCCCACCAACACCACGAAAGUUUGUUCAUUCAUGGGGUUGGCGGGCUACUAUCAGCGAUUCAUCACCGGGUUCGCAUGGGUCACGGACAACAACCCAUUGACCUACUACAAGACGCAGGAUACGGUGAGCAGCACGAUCGAACGAUGGAUGUACUUCAUCGGCCAAUUUGACUUCACACCGAAACAUCUCCCCGGCCUCUCCAAUCGCGCAGCAGAUGCACUCUCGCGAAGACCUGAUCUUUACGUUAUGACACAUCAUGCCUUCGCAUUCGACGAGGAACUCCAGCAACACUUCAUCCGGGGCUAUGAGUCCGAUCCGGACUUCGCCACGUUGUAUGCGCAACUAUCUUCGGAUCACCCGCCGGCCAGCCACUAUCGCAUUGCCGACGGGUACUUGCUCCUCCACUCGAGAGGCAAGGACUUAUUGUGUGUCCCACGAGACCGUCGUCUUCGGACUCGCCUUCUCGGGGAGUACCAUGACUCGCGACUCGCUGGCCACUUCGGAGUCAACCGCACUAUUGCACGGCGUCGACAACGAUUCCGAUGGUCCGGCCUCAUUACCGAUGUCACUCGAUAUUGCGACUCUUGCGAAGUUUGCCGACGAAGCAAGCCCCGCAAUCGCAAUCCCUACGGCGAGUUGCGCCCGAUGCCUAUCCCACGGGAGCCCGGCCUCUCCAUUGCCAUGGAUGUCACCGGACCGUUUCCCCGCGAUCGCCUCAGGAACGACGGCAUCCUCACAGUUGUGGACCGUUUGAACAUAGUCAGCGACCGCGACACUCGCUUCAUGUCGACAUUUUGGACUGCUCUCAUGCAGGAGUCCGGCACGAAGAUGAAACCAAGUCCGGCGCGGCAUCCACAGACGGACGGGCAAACGGUGCGGGCCGAUCAAACCGCUCAAAUGAUGCUUCGUACGCUCAUCCGUCCGGACCAGAAAGAUUGGGUUGACCGCCUCCCCGACAUCGAGUUCGCCUACAACACUUCGGUGCACCUGGUGAUCGGCGCGACUCCAUUCGAGUUGCACCAUGGUGGACGGAAAGGCCGUAUCUUUGCCGACCUUCUCCUACCACGACCAGCCGACAUCGACGCCGCUUGCUCUCCCGCUUCCGUCCGGAAGUACAGGGAAUUGCUGACUCAAGCCCGCGCCAAUAUGCAAAAGGCUCAAGUCCGCAUGCAGCAGCAAGCCAACAGGGGUCGCGUGCCAUGUCCCAUCCGCGCCAAUGAUCUGGUUUGGGUCUCCGCGGAAGAGUUUGCACUAGAAUAGGAUGUUUCACGCAAACUGCUUCCCAAGUGGUUUGGACCAUGGCCCGUAACAUCAGCCGCGGGUGA